UCUGCUCCAGGCCCUGCACCAGCUCCAUUGCCUUUCUCUGGACCUGCUCCAGCACCUCUGCAAUGCCUUUUAACAGCCCAGGAAGGCAUUUCCCAGCAGUGACUCCUCAGGUGACCCAGGGUCCCCGGCAUUGACUCACCACCACUCUCCACCCUUGGUGGGGUUGCCUGCCUCUCAUCUAAGCCAGUCCAUCCUCAAGCCUCUGCUCAGGGUGAGAUACACGCAGCACCUUGCCCUGGACCAGCCCCAAACGCCCACAUGCUGCUCUGCUGAUAGAUCUGAUUCAUCCACCAUUCAUGCUCCUCGGCAUCCCCUGUGCCAUUCGCCCUGCUCCUGGGCUGAGCUCCUCAGCAUCCUCCUGCUGGGGCAGCGUGAUGGAGGUGGUCCUGCUCCAUGGGCUGCUGCUCCUCCUGCCCUUGGCAGCCCUGCUGCUCUACCGGUACAAUGCCACCUUCCACUACUUCUGCAAGGUGGCCUUCUUCAACUGCUGGAUCACUGCCAUGGCCACCCUCCUGUCCCCCUUUGCAGCUCUUCGGGGACGCUCUGUGGAGAACAUGAAGCUCCUGCGUGCUGCGAUCCUGCCCCUCAAACACUUGUAUGGCAUCAAGAUGCAGGUGUGGGGCUUGGAGCACCUGAACACCGAGGAGCCCUACGUGAUCGUUUCCAACCACCAAGCUGCCCUUGACCUCAUGGGCAUGGUGGAGGUCAUCCCUGACGGCUGUGUGCCCGUGGCCAAGAAGGAGCUCCUAUACAUGGGCACGGUGGGGUGGGCCUGCUGGCUCAGUGGCAUCAUCUUCAUCGACCGCUGUAAGAGGGAAGAUGCCAUCAAUGUCAUCUCCCAGACAGCCAGGACCAUGCGGCGUGAAAAGCUCCGAGUGUGGAUUUUCCCUGAAGGCACCAGGAACCAGGACAAAUCCAUGCUGCCCUUCAAGCGUGGGGCUUUCCACUUGGCUGUGCAGGCUCAGGUUCCCAUUUUCCCCAUCGUGUUCUCCCCGUACUGGGACUUCUUCAGCUCCAAGGAAAAGAAAUUCACCUCUGGGACGUGCACCAUCCAAAUCCUCCCCAAGGUGGAAACCCAGGGCCUGAGCUCCACGGAUGUCCCCAAACUGACCGAGACUGUCCGCCAGGCCAUGGCUGAUGCUUUUGCUGAGAUGUCUGCGAGCUGCUGUGGGGACCAGAGUGCUGAGCAUCCUCAGCGCCCGCACUGCGCUGGGGCCGGGGCUGGGGCUGGCAGGGGGACGGGCAGCCCCCAGCGCGAGGAGAACACAACUGGGACCAGCAAUUAGGCACAUGGAUCAACCCCCUCGAGGCCGCGAGGGAGGUGGCACAGCCAGAGCCUGCUGUCCCCUUGUCCCCUGUGGAUGUGUCCACCAGACCUGCCACUGCCCCAGCAGCCUGGAGCAAAGGGAAGCAGAGCACUGCAGCACGGGGACAGGGCAGCACCCCAAAACCAGUGCAAGGUGCCCCUAAACCCACUCGCUAUGACUGUGCAUCCCCUCCCUAGGGCACUGCCUGCCUCCCUCCAGCUUGGUGCUGUGUCUGGUCCUGGGUAACAAGCCCUGUCUGCCUGGAUUGCUCCUGCAUGCACACUGGGAAGGGGACAGAGAUGUGCCAGGCGGGGCUGGGGCUUCACUGCACUGUUUUCCACCCCUGAUGGUGUGACUCUCAGUGGGGUUCACCCACGGGCUCGCUGGGUUCCUUCUUCCAGAGGCUACUGCAAACUGGAGAUGCUGCUCCGAGGCAGCAAGCUCUGAGGAGGGGUCCAGAGCACAGUGCGUGGCCUGGGGAGGAGCAGCAGGUCCAGGGGACCUUGUCACGAUGCUGAACUAUGAGACAAGGGUGUGAGAUUAAACAGUCCAUACUUGG